AUGAAUAUAAAAAAUUGUUUAUUAGUUUUACUAUCAUUUUUGAUAAUCGUUUUAGUAAACGAGCUAUUCCAAGUACUUUUCUUAGCAAACCAGAUCAACAUGAACACAGAUGACUUUCAACAAGUCAAGAAAGGAAUGAUAAAACGUACAUUUUUAGUGAUUUUUCAAAUUUUUUGUUAUCUUUGUGCUACACUGCUUGCGAGCUUAAAAGAUUAUCCGGUACUGAAUCAUCACGAUUCAAAUAGAAUUAUUUUUAAUGAUGCUCAAGCACACAACAAUUUUAAGAAUUCUUUUUUGAUGUCAAUUUUUUAUUUAAUAAGUCGCCUAUGGAACACGUAUGUAAAUACAAUAAAAAAAUAUAAAGGAUUAGUAAUACUUUAUCUUGCAAUACCAAUAUUUCUUGUACGCAAAGAUAAACAUAAUGAAUAUUUUAUUACAUUUAUUCCAUUAUUAAUUUACAUUUUAUUACAUUACAUGUACAAAGCAACUAGAAUUAUUAAGAUAAUUAUUAUUUUAUCUAUAGUAUUGUGUGCUAAUUAUUAUGUCUUUUUUAAAAAUAAAAUAAAAGUAAUCUCUUUACCAAAUAAAGUAGUUCCUUUUGAAAUAAAAAGUUUAUUGGAUAAUAUGGGGUUUAACACAGAAUAUUGUUAUGUUAAAUCAAAAGAUUAUAAUGUAAGUGUAAAAAGAGUCUUUAGUAAUGUUACUAUAAUUUUAUGGGGUGAUAUUUUUGAUAUUUUAUUUGCUGAGGAAUUUACGUGCAUUUUAUAUCAUGAAAUAGGACAUGUUCUAAAUAACGAUCUACUGUUACAAAAUAUAUUGUGGAUUGUAAUUGAGUUAAUUGGUUUUAUUGUGUUGUAUUUAAUUAAUAAAUCAUACAAUUUAACAAACAAAGUGCAUAGUAAAUCAAGGUUAGAUAAAUUAAACACUCUAAUUUCUAUAAAUAUUGUGCCAAUUCUAUUUUUUAGAUUAAUUAAUUUUUCAUUGUUCCAUAUUUUUAGUAAUUAUUGUGAACGUUGCGCAGAUACAUACGCGAUUAGUAAAUGUGAUCCUAAAAUAUUUAAAAGUGCAUUGAUAAAGAUUUAUGAAAUAAGUGCGGCUUCCUUUGAUACAUCUUGGGCUUACAAUCUCCUUUUUAGAACUCAUCCGACACUUGGGAGGAGAUUAAAUUAUGUUGAUAGACAACAAGCAUAA